AUCCACAAAGCAACGAGACGACUACGUCCACUUCUCAUAAACAGUUUAUUCCUCUGACCUUCUCUAAAGGACGAGUGACUCAGUAAAGACCUGAACAAUGACUUCUUUAUGAACACAGUUACGGUUCAGAUCACGUCCACGCUGGAGAGGAAUAACUUUCACUGUUUUCGGAGUGUGUGUGUGUGUGUGUGUGUGUGUGUGUGUGUGUGUGUGUGUGUGAGUGUGAGAGCAACACACACACAGCAGCGGUGAUUGGAGUGGCUCUUAGGUUUCAUGCUAAUUGUGUUAAGCAGCAGUAAAAACAUUGGUCAUGUUCGCCAUGUUCAUAAUUACGUCUGCAGCCGGUUGAAACCAACCGAACCGGAGAAUCCGUCAGAUUCAACGUUAUUGUGCAGAACUUCACUUUGUGACUGUUACAUGAACUGCUGGCAGCCUGGCGUGGUUUAGUGGCUCGUGAGGACUGAUUGAGGAGUUAUUCAUAACCGUUGCAGCUGUUUUGGGGCUCAGUGUUUUGCCCGAGGACCCUUUGGCAUGUUGACAAGAGGAGCUGGUGAUCAAACCAGCAACCCUGUGAUGAGUGGACGAGCCGCUCAUCUUCAGACCCACUCUGAAGUGUGCUUCAUCAGGUCGACAUGUUAAUGUGUGUCAUACUGUGGUUUGUGACCAAAUACCUGCAGAACUUAACAGCGUGUUAGCUUUGUUAUUGUAGCACAUGUUAGCAUUACGUCCAGCCUCACAGAGCUGCUAGCAGGACGUUUCUUCCAUCCACAGUGGCUCAGAAGGAAGUGACGGAGAGAGAGAAAGCCAAACAGGAGUGUUGUGAUGAGAGGAACUCUGUGCUUAACGUUCAUCUCUCUCUUUACAUUGUUACUUGUAGAUCGGUGCGAGCCACAGGAAGGAAGGAAUGAAAUCGAUGACGGAGACGUUUUACGCAGCCAUAUUUGGAUACGAUGAGGGAAUCCUGUCUGAUGACUGUGUGCUGGCUGCAGCUCUGUGGAGAAACCUGUUCAACUGUGAGUGUGAGGACCCCGAACAGCUGGAGCUCAUGGUGGGAUACGUACGCAAACAGAUGCAGUACGUGGACGCUCUGGACGGAGACGACCUGAUUCUGACCGGAGAAGUGAAGUGGCGCCCUCUGGUGGAGGAGAACGCUCAGAGCAUCCUGAAGGUGGCCACGCCCACCUACAACGACACCGGACUGUGAGACGAAGAAGACUCCUCUGACCUCUCUCUCUCUCCUCCCUCUCUCGCUCUCUCUCUCUCUCCCCCUCCCUCUCUCUCCCUCCUCCCUCCUCUCUUCUGUCGUAGAAGGAGAGAUUCUAAAUCUGUUGCUGUAGCUUUCUCAUCCACUCCUCUUCCUCUUCCUUUCCUUCCUCCUCUGUCUCUGGAUGCUCAGUGUAGACAGUCGGGGAUUAUCUUUCACACACACACACACACACACACAUACACAUCUGCGAACCAGCCAAUCCAACAACGGGAACCGCCAUUGCAUCAUCAUCUUCAUCAUCUUCCUCCUCCUCCAUCGCUGUCCUGUCGGUUCUGAGAGCUUCCUCUCUUCACAAGAAGAGAACAAUAAACUCUAUUUAUGUUGUUGUGAAUGCCACGCUGUAUUUAUAAAGUAUUUUGUAUACCUCCAUGUUUACACUCUGCGCCUCAGACUUCUGUCACCGUCGCUUUAAUCGGGUGAAGUCAGGUGACCUGAAGAUAAUGCUUCUCUAAACGAAUGAUAGAAACAGUCUGCCUCUCUCGUCCCUCGACGCUCUCGGACCCAACAGGAAGCCGUCGUCACUGCAACUACAAAUAAACCACAAGAGUUCUUUUGUUCUUAAAGAAGUGAAUAAAUAAAAUGUUAUCUG